GAAAAUGAGAAAAAUGGAAAUAAUAAAAAUGAUGAUAAUAUGCAAAUGAUCUCUUCUUGUAGAGUCCUUCUUCCCUCUGCCUCUGCCAUGGCGGCCUCCUCUUUCCCUCGUUCCGCGAUGGCGGGGAAAGGGUCACUUGGCGUAUGGCCAGGGAUGGCGCAACUGAGCAUUAGAAAGAAUCUUGUGUAUGGAUUGAUGCGGUUGUUCUCGAUGCUAUUCAAAACAUUGCGUGGAGUUAGUAGCAGAACUCUUGGUGUUUCUCGUUUUUGCAGCAUUAACAAUAUGUCCUCCACCCUCCAAAUUGAAUUGAUACCCUGCCUUAGGGACAACUAUGCAUACUUAAUACAUGACAAAGAUACUGGGACUGUUGGAGUAGUUGAUCCUUCAGAAGCUGUACCUGUGAUAGAUGCAUUGGACAGGAACAAUCGGAAUUUGACUUAUAUAUUGAACACUCACCAUCACUAUGAUCACACUGGUGGGAACAUGGAGUUAAAAGAAAGGUACGGGGCAAAGGUAAUUGGAUCCGGAGUAGACCAGGAUAGAAUUCCUGGAAUUGAUAUUGCAUUGAAUGAUGGUGAUAAUUGGAAGUUUGAAAGCAAAGGUCAUACACGAGGCCAUAUUAGUUUCUACUUUCCUGGAUCAAAGGCAAUAUGCACCGGAGAUACUUUGUUCAGUUUAUCAUGUGGCAAGCUCUUCGAAGGAACUCCUGAUCAGAUGCUCUCUUCGUUGAGGAAGAUAAUGUCUUUGCCAGAUGAUACAAGUAUUUACUGUGGUCAUGAGUAUACACUGAGUAAUUCAAAGUUUGCACUAUCAAUAGAACCGAGUAACAAAGAUUUACAAUCCUAUGCUGCUGAAGUCAACCACCUCCGAGACAAGGGCAUGCCAACAAUUCCAACUACUCUUGGAAAGGAGAAAUUAUGCAAUCCAUUUCUUCGUACUUCAAGCAUGGAAAUCCGGCGGUCAUUGAAGAUUCCACCUGCUGCAAAUGAUGCAGAAGCAUUGGGCAUAAUCCGGCAAGCGAAGGAUAAUUUCUAG